AACUGUGCAGCUGUCAGGAACCAUGACUGAAGAUGACCGAUUCGGUCGUCGUGGAGGGAUACGCUAGACUCAAAGACGGAAAAAAGUGGAAAAGUAGGUGGAUCGUUCUUCGAAAGCCGUCGCCUGUAGCAGAUUGCCUCGUGUUGCUGGUUUUCAAAGACAAGUCGGACAAAGUCGAUGGGAACAAGGAACGGGCCAGUGUCACUCUCGAGGAGAUCUGCGGCCUGGAAAGCGGUCGGUGGUGCGAGGGCGCGUCUUCCACGCUGGCAAUUCUCUGCCUGACCCAGGCGGUUCUCCUGGGUUUCGACAACAAAGAGACUCUGCAGGCGUGGGAAGUCCGCCUGCGCUACAGCCUUGGAGAAGUUCACAGGUUCAGUGUCGGAAUCUUGGCGGGGACAAAGUUAGAAAGCGGACCAGCGACCCUCCACUUGUGCAACAACUUGCUAGCUCUCGUCCGAGACGCACCGCCCGUCGUCGUGGGCCACUGGAACCUUCCGGAUCUGCGGAGAUAUGGGCCCGUACCAAACGGAUUUGUAUUUGAGGGAGGAACACGCUGUGGUUAUUGGGCUGGCGUUUUCCUACUCACGUCUUCUGAGAGCGAGCAGAUAAGCUUCUUGUUUGACUGCAUAGUCCGAGGUGUCUCCCCUACUAAGGGCCCGUUCGGUCUGCAGCCCAUCCUGCCAGAUCCUAGCUCCAGUCAGACCAACUCUGAGGAGAGGCUGAACCAUGAGACGCGGGAAUUGGAGAAGCGACUGAGUAUGCUCUCCAGUCGGGACAGCACAGCGUCGUCUAUGUACUGCGCAUCCCCUGGGGGUGACGACCGCAGCAUAUCUGGUUCCUCAGACACCUCAGACACUAGCCAAUCGGACAGCAGCGUCUCAAGCCGCUUGGCCAUUUGGACCGAAUCCGGCAGCAACCCCGUGGACAGCAACAUUGUAGGCACCAAAGUGGCGAGUGUGGAAAAGCAGUUGGCUGACCAGGACUGUGGGAAUGCUUCGAGAGUCCAAGACCCCAGGCAGCUACUGGAAAUCGGUCGCCAGAGCUCGUUAGACAGCGGUAUUGCCACCGGUAGCCAUUCCUCGUACUCUGGAAGUUUCUCCUCAUACACUGGAAGUCUGGACAUUAACAGUGGUGAUGACUUUGGGUCAGUUUUUAGCCUGCCUCCCCACUUGGCUCAAGACCUGAGCCCUUGUUCUUGCCCCAAGAUUUCAGGACAGGAGUACAAAGUACCAACAUCCCUUAGGUAUCUAUACGAUACUCCCAAGAGUUUGGUACAGGACUCCUCUGACUUUGGAACUGAGCCUUUAAAAGGGGGAUCUGAGGGUCACCUCGAAACCGCAGCAAGCUCACACAGCAGAAAAACAAAGGGGACGCCCUCGAGUUACAGCCCAGGGUCCUCCACAACCAAAACCAUAGUGACCAUCUGUUCGGUAUGCGGUGGACUUCAGGGGAUGACCCUUAACCCUGCAAGCAGAGCAACGAAACCCACGUUAUCAGGUUUUGGUGAUGAGACUGUGUUUCCGCUUGCCCCAAGUGAUAUUUCCCAUCCAGCAGCUCAAAUUGUUGACAAUUCACUGCGCAGAAGCGAUGUCGGCGUUGCUGCCCCAGUUCACAACUCAGAAAGGACAACUGAGGGGUCGCCCCUUCCUAAAAAACGGCGGGAGAAGCUAGCCAGUUUUUUAGCAGAGUUCUUUCAUUACCCCAGAAUAACCAAGGAAUCGAAUCCCAACCAUUAUAACUUGUACGAAGCCAUGAGCCCUGCAUUACACCACAAACCCUCACCAGCACUCAGCACCCGUGCACCAAUAACGGAUGUCAUUUACGAAAACUGCUCCAAAUGCCGCGGGUCGCGCUGCCGCCCGCCCCCACGAGGCACCCCCGCCAAAGUACGCCGCCACAGCCGGAUCUUCAGUGUGCAGACCUUUCUAACUGGGUUGCACCUGAAGAAAAUCGCAGACCAAGAAGGUUCUGCUCAUGAGGCGACCCUCGCUGAUGGUCCAAAUAAAGAGAUGAAUGGUCAGAAUCUGACCAGUAAAGACAAAAGUCCCAGUGGCAGAGAGGAGCGCCGCAAAGCUGAUCCUGCUUAUGAGAUCAUGGAGAGCCGAGCAACAGAGAGAAAUUCGGAGGUGGAUGAAAAAAGCAAGUAUGAACUGAUGCUCAGUUGCGGUCCGCAAAAGUUGCUCCAAGAGACGGAAGGGGCAGCGUUGGCGUACCCCUCGGAGGCUUCACUCGCCGAAAGGCUCCGCAGCGACGGCGUGACGUACGUCAAUAUUCCAGUGAGUCCCACAUCCAAGAAAGAGCUCAACUAUAUGGAGCUGGAACUGCAGGAACCGGGCACCUGGGGAACUGCUGUACCGGUACCUGCCCAGAGUAAAGGGAAGGGUUCAACCAAAUAUGCACAGAUUGACAUCACUGCCACAGAGACCGCCUACAAGGUGGGUACCCAGCAUGCUCUGGGUCGCCAGGAGGGCCUGCAUACUCUGGAGCGGAGGAAGAAGGGGACGCCGCAUUGACCUCAAGGACCAGACAAGCCAACAGCAAAGAAAAAGCCUCAUUUUACACGUACUCUUGUUUUCUGAAUUGGACUUGAGAGUUUAUACUAUUAUUCCUAAUACUGUGUGUGGAUGUAAUCAUUUUUACUAAAAAAAAAUAAUCUGGAAUUGUUUUUUUUUUUAAAUAUCUGUAAAUAGUAUUUCUGUGAUCUUAAUGUUUGCUAAAUAUAACCCCCUCCAUGCACGUACAGUACAUGUACGAGAAAACUAUACGGCUGCCGUUUCUUAUAUUGUAAAGACUACGUGUUCCAUCUUCCCCCCUUUGUCAAUGUCACCUGGAUUACAAAAUUAUGGAGGAA